UUGAUGUCCUUCUGCAGUAUUGUUAGUGGAGCUGCAGUUUUGCACUUCCUCGGAAGACUCAGUGAAGAUGGCACAGGUGGUGUUUGCACUCUUAGCUUUGUUCCUGGUGUCACUCUGUACCGGACAGGACUUUUGCCCAAAGGAAAAAUGUCCUCAGUACAAAGUUGUUGAGACGCACCAGGACUUUGAGGUGCGCUUAUACGGUGCCACCAACUGGAUUACCACAAAGCUCGACAGCACUGGGGCCAGGGAUUAUUUAGCUGCAAAUUCACGCCUGAAGAACUACGUCAAGAGACAGGCUGAAGCAGGUUUUGAGAUUUCUGAUGAUUGCUGGCCUGUACUGGUCACUGUUACAGAAGGUGAAGGGGAUCCUAAAAUGUCGGUGUCGUGGUUUGUUCCUUCUGGUGGCAAAAAGGCUGAAAUCUCUGAUCCAUUAGUCAAAUUAGAAAGUAAACCUGAAGCCACCAUCUAUGUAAGGGUUUUCGGUGGUGCUCCAAGCACUGCAACUGGCCAGGAAAACACAAAGAUUCUUCGUGAGGCCUUGGCUAGUACUGGGAAAACCUUUGAUCCCAACACUCAUGCUGCAGCUACCUAUGAAUCAUAUUUUUCUUUUACUCACCACAAUGAAAUCUGGAUCAGUGCUGCCUCACAACAACAGAACUAAGUAAAUGUUCUUGUCAGGUUGCAGACCUUUUGCAUUGUUUGCAGAGUCAGAUUUUAAUCUGUGCUGCUCGAAUGAACAGAUAUAAUGCAUGCACAAAGAAACAGGGAAGAGAUGCUACUUCAACAGAACAAAGCAAACUGGUUUCUGGAAUGUUGUGGUUUAGUUUAGUUCCUGGAACUAAAAGCAUAUUAACAGUUUGUUCUACUUUUUCUUUAUUCUCUUUCAUCCAUGAAUACAAAGUAAUGAAUUCAGAUCAUUCCUUAAGCCCAGGAGGACUUCCAUUACAAAAACAAUUUACUUGUUUGCUGGGUGAUUGUUUAGAACACUUUGAUAACUUUGAGAUUCUAACAUGACAUUCUAUGUCUGCUUCUGAUAUAUGUUGAAGAUUUUAUUUUUAACCCACUUCUUAAAAUUAAAAAAUUGUACUGUCCUUAAGAGAUACAAAAAAUUUUUGACUUUUUUUUCUAAAUUCCUGUUGUUUCUUACUAGGUCAUUUAUAUUCUGUUGAUUGAGCAUGCAUCAAGAUGUGUUUGUACCUCAUAAAAUCUAGAUGUGUUGAUUAUAUAUACCAUAUACUAAAUUACGCUGUAAUUCCUGACCUUUAACACUAGAUGGCAGCAUAUGAGCAGUUUAGUAUUUGUGUUGGUAACUAUAUUAACCUUUCUAGUUGAUCAUUUUUGCAUGUCAACAUAUAUAAUGUAGAGGUAACAUGCAUAUGUAAAAAUACACUGCAAUGUGUAAUAAUAUCAUUCAAGAUAAGUAUGGAAUACAUACUUUACAAUCAAGUGAUAUCAUUUUAAAAAAGAACCGUCUUUGUUUCACUACACCUCUUUCAAUUUUUUUGAAUCAAGUAUGGAAAAUGUACUGUUACCAUCAACAGUUUUCAUAAAAGAUCAAACUGCC